AUCCCAAAAUUGUUAUUAGCACUCAACACAACAGAGCACAAAAACUACUCGCAUGGAUUCUCCACCACGUAAACACUCAGCUAAUUAAAUACUCCCAACUGUAAGUAGGCGACCUCAGCUCAGCUGGUUCCGAUGUCUCAGGGUGCCUGGCUCCUUCUCUUUGACCAGAGAUUCAAAACACAAAAGUCAGAAGCAAAACCCAGUUCUGGGACUCUAUAUAUCUCCAUCGAGCAAUACUAAAUAGAAACAGCGGCAGCGGCAGAACUAUCGUAUCGAGAUGUUGAAACAGCGGCAGCCUCUUUCCUUUCCCCCGUCUCUCCUCAAUUAUCUCUACGUUGGUCACUUCCUAGCCAGAUGGGGUGCCAGAAUGUGGGAAUUCUCUGUUGGUCUGUACAUGAUUAAUGUCUGGCCGGAUUCGCUGGCCCUUGCUGCUGCUUAUGGUGUGGUGGAAUCUGCCUCCACGGCAUUAUUUGGUCCUGUUGUUGGACGGUUGGUUGAUAAGUUCACGUACAUCAAGGUUCUUCGACUUUGGUUAUUAAGCCAAAAUUUCUCCUUUAUGAUUGCUGGAGGCACUGUGGUUGCACUUCUGCUGUAUGAGGAUGUGAAGUCAGAAAAUUUCAUAGUAUUUUUGUCGUUUAUCCUGUUAAUCAAUAUUUCUGGAGCUGUUGGUGUGCUCUCCACUCUUGCUGGGACCAUUCUGGUUGAAAGAGAAUGGGUGGUUGUGAUAUCAGAAGGUCAACAUCCAGGUGUCCUGACUAAGAUGAAUGCAACCAUUCGAAGGAUUGAUUUAGUUUGCAAGUUAUUUGCUCCUGUAGUCUCUGGUUUCAUUAUCAGCUUUGUCUCUCUAACUGCUUCAGCUUUAACUCUAGCUAUCUGGAAUAUAUUGUCCGUUUGCUUGCAGUAUUGGCUUCUAAUGUCUGUAUACAAUGGAAUUCCUGCUUUAAGUGAAAGCAGUCAAAAGAGGGUUUAUAGAUCUCUGCCAACUGAUUCGGAAAGAAGCUCCUUGACUGAUGAAAGUAGAAACUCUCACUGCUUAGGUGAUAAUGAUUUGGAGCCUCUCGGCCACGGCUGGAUGAGAAAAGUAAUCGAACGAGUUUCAAGAAUCUCUUACUUCAGUGCAUGGAAAGUUUAUCUAGAGCAAGAUGUGGUUCUGCCAGGAAUUGCGCUUGCUUUACUCUACUGUACCGUCCUUAGCUUCGGAACUCUAAUGACUGCUGCUUUGGAAUGGCAAGGCAUACCAGCCUAUACAAUUGGGAUUGCACGAGGAAUAAGCGCUACGAUAGGGAUUCUUGCAACUUUUUUGUACCCUGUUUUAGAAUCACAGCUUUCAACACUUCGUACAGGUCUCUGGUCAAUUUGGUCUCAGUGGACUUGCCUAGUGGUAUGUGUAGCUUCAAUUUGGGUCCCGAAUAAACUUGGAGCAGCAUAUUUGCUUAUGGGUGGAGUGGCUCUGUCACGUCUUGGACUUUGGAUGUUUGAUUUAGCAGUCAUUCAGCAAAUGCAGGAUCAAGUUCCGGAAUCUGAUCGUUGUGUUGUUGGAGGUGUUCAAAACUCUCUACAGUCUGUGUUGGACUUGACCACUUAUGUCAUGGGCAUAAUAAUAUCUAAUCCCCGGGACUUCUGGAAGUUGAUAAUCUUAUCUUUGCUCGUGGUGACACUGGCUGCAGUACUGUACAGUAUACACAUUUAUCGCGUAAGAAAGCAUCUCUUUCAUUUCGAGAAGCUGUAUCCACUUGUCAGAAUUGUUUUCAGAAAACGGCAUGCAUACACACCCCAAGAGAGAGACGAAGGGAAGCCAGGAAGAAAACAUAAUCUUGACCCAGGUGAUGUGUUGCCAUUGGACGAUUUCAAUAAUGUUGCAAGACAACAAAGACGACGGUUGAAAACGAAUGCAAUUAACAUCAAGGACAUUUCAACUAGAAACCUGCGAAAGGCAUUUUCCUACGUACAUGGAUAGUCUAACAAAUGAUAGAGAGUCAAAAAGUUCACCAGUAAGUAAACAAUUCGGCAGAUAUAGAAAAUGAAUUUUAGGUGGCCAAACCGAAAUGCAGACCUGGUAUGGUGAAAGGUUCUUCUGGAUUCAUACGUAACUAAGUAGCAUUCCAUAUGUUGCACGCUUUUUACCCCAAUGAUGAUCAUAUGCGUUGCUCAAAGAUACUGGAAAGUUAAGUUUGGUGACCAGUCAAAGGAGUACGUACUUGCCAGAUCUCGACUUCCAUGUUUGACAUAACUACUUGAUUUGCCUCGAGGAAGCGGUCAUCUUACGCUAAGGCAGAGUGUAAUGUCAAGGGGAAAAUCCUUGAACAAGGUCUGGAAGAUUAGGAUUUGCAGCUAGCUUUGAAGGUCCUUGUUAAUACCAGUAAUUGUUAGCCUGAUUUGUGAAGUUGAUCGGGUCACUGCACAGACGUGGACUCGAUAAGUUGGCACUGUAAUCGCCUCGUUAGUUUGUGGAAGCCGUGUAUACAUUAAUAUGUUGUGAUCCGAAUCAGUGAUGAGUUAUGCCUGACAGUCAAAACUCCAAACAAG